AUGAGUCAAUUAUCAGCAAAAUCACUCCAAAAAACCGUCCAGGACUUCCUAGCGUCUGGCUCCCAUCUCAGGAUCAUCUACAAUCCAUCCCUGGAUGCAUUGGCCAACUCAAACACCCGUCGAAUUUGCGUUCUUGAUUCCUCCUUCAACCCUCCUCAUUUGGGCCAUUAUGCUCUCAUCAAAGAAUCACUAAGCUACAAGAACCAAUUUCCCAAGGACAACCAGGCCGUCUUGCUCUUGUUCUCGGUGAAAAAUGCCGACAAGGUCACGGCUGCUCCAGCUGCUUUGGAACACAGACUUGCCAUGAUGUGCUUGAUGGCUGAUUACGUUCAAAAAAAAAUGCAAGUAAAUGUUUCUGUUGGGAUCACAGACCAUGCUAAAUUUGUUGACAAGUCAUCCACGAUCCUCCGCUACUUGAAAGAACAAAAUUUGCUGGCAAAAUUGACGUUCCUUGUUGGGUUUGAUACACUCUUGCGGAUUCUCAAUCCCAACUAUUACCUUCCAGAUAAGAUUCUGGCGGCUCUUAGCGAGUUCAUGGGGUCUACAGACUUGUUCUGUUUGACGAGAAAUGACGAGAAAUUGUCGGUUGCUGAUCAAUCGCUGUACGUUCAAACUUUAAGAAGCGGCGGCCACGAAGAUCUUCCGUCGAUUUGGUCGCAAAGUAUAUCACUUCACACCGGAGAAAUCGACAUUGUGGGAGCCAUGAGCUCGUCCAAGAUCAGAAAAGAGGUGGCUGAUGGCCAUAAAGAGUGGCAUAAUGAAGUGAUACCUGAAAUUCACCAAUAUAUUGUUGAGCAAUCGUUAUACAAAAAGCUAGAAUAA